AUGGCAUGGGAUUGGAGUUCCCUGACGUCGCUCUUUGCAACGGUGUUAUUCCUACGGACGGCGAUCGACACUUUCCUUCCUGAUGUGCUCCGCCGCUAUCUCUACUCCCUCCUCGAUCGCCUCCUGAUCCAAGCUAAGCCUCAGAACACCAUCACGAUCCUCAUCUACAAGUUCGAGGAUGACAUGUCCAACGAGCUCUACAGUGCAGCCCAAACCUACCUCGGUCACCACUGCAUCGCCGACGCCCCUACCUUCCACCUCUCCAUGCGUCGCGACUCCUCCCACCCCGCUGCCUUCCUCCCCCCCUGCCACACCACCCAUGACACAUUCCGCGGCGUCACCCUCGAGUGGACCUCCAAAAUCGUACGCUCCGGAGAACAUGAAGAAUGCUUCCUCGAGCUAUCUUUCCCUAAGCAGGAUCGCCAUGUUGUCGACUCCUUCUACAUCCCCCAUAUCCUCAAGGAGGUGAAGACCAUCCGCCUGAGGACCCGCGAGCGUCGCCUCUAUACUAACAGUGCUAAGUUCGGAACCAACUACUGCAACCUCUGGUCCUACGUGCCCUUCGCUCACCCUUCCAACUUGGACACCCUCGCCAUCCACCCGACCCUCCGUGAUGACAUUCGCAGCGACCUCCUCCGCUUCGUCGGUCGCGCAGACUACUACGCUCGUGUCGGGCGAUCUUGGAAGCGAGGUUACCUCCUCUAUGGCCCGCCGGGGACGGGCAAGACUAGCCUUGUGGCCGCCAUUGCCAACUUCCUCGAGUUUGACAUCUUCGACCUCGAGCUCACUGCCGUCAGCUCCAAUUCCCAACUCCGUAGCCUCCUAGCAUCCACCACCCCCAGGUCCAUCAUUGUCAUCGAGGACAUCGAUUGCGCCCUCGACCUCAGCGACCGGAAGGAGAAGAAAGAAUUCAGUACUGCGAAAGAGGCGAUAAGCCUCUCCGGUGUGCUGAACUUCGUGGACGGCCUAUGGUCGUCAUCCGUGGGAGAGCGGCUCAUGAUCUUCACCACCAACCACCCGGAGCGGCUCGACCCUGCCCUGCUCCGACCGGGCCGGAUGGACCGACAAAUCCACCUAUCCUAUUGCCAGCCGGAAGCAUUCCGAGUGCUAGCACGGAACUAUCUAGAGGUGGGGGAGGAGCACGAGCUGAUGGCGGACGUGGAGGCACUGCUGAAGGAGGUCAACAUGACACCUGCAGAGAUCGCCGAGCUGUUCAUGGGUUGCGAUGGAGAUGGCACGGGCGCUGAUGCAGCGAUGCAGAAGGUGGUGGACGAGUUGCUGCUGCGGCGGCGGCGGCCACUAAAGGAGGCGGUUUCUCCCGACGAUGAUGGCCAGAUGAGUAGAGAAUGA